AGAGUAAACACCUCACCUUCAAAUGAUGGUGUUCAACCUAAAGGCUAAUCAAGUGCUUUCAACCUUUUACAACUUGAAAAGAUAUACAUGUUUUAUACCUCUAAUAUUUGUUUGAUUUCUCUCAGGCUAUCAUGCAGCAGAGAGACAACAUUUUUCCUGGCAGGAGAACAGUGACCUUCCGUAGGGGUCCUCGGGGGUACCUCCUUCAGCAACCAAGUGAUGCAGCAAAGCUCCUUAAGGACAACCCUUCGCUGCAGGACAAAUCUGCACCUCUGAGGGAGGACGCUGUGAGGGAGAAUGUCCUGACUGUUGUCCGUGUGAGGGGAGGGGAUGCCUCAGACAAGACGGAGGUACUGGGAGAGUACAUCCUGCAGUUUGGGAAGUAUAAGGGGAAAUCCUUCCGGUGGCUUUUGGAGAAUGAUGUAGGGUACACCAUCUACCUCAUCCAACAUGUGGAAAAAGAAGAGGCUGCAGGAGUGUCAAUGACCCAGGGACACAACAAGGACAGUAUAUUGUCCUUUGUCAGAUAUGCCUGCAGCUUUCGCGACCUCACAUCCCUUGUGAGCUACCAGCCCCCCCCCCCCCCAAAGCAGCCUCAGAGGAUGAGCAGCUGGUGGGCUUUGGCGCUCGUUCGAAGAGCACCUGGCGGGAGUUGUGGGACAGCAGGGCUGACAGCUAUGCAGCCUUCAUCCUGAAGAGCAAGUGCAGUGAAAGUCUACGCCUGUGGGAUUGAGCCACCACGAAUUGCUCUCCAAAAUUGAACGGAACCAUGAAUUUAACCGUUCUCUGUGUGUUUUUAUUGUCCCAGCCAUCUUCUGGCCUUGUUCUGUGUUCCGGCCAUGUUCAGGCCAUGUCCAACUAAUACUGUGUCUGCAUGCUGGUGUUCCUACUAACAAAUAGGGUUCAUGAAUUGAUUUCCUCAACGUAGAGGUGACAUCUGCUUCAGUGUCAAGACCACCCGCUGACACUAAAGAAAAACAACCGACGCUGCUAGUGGAUGCCCCCGCUGCCUUGCCGACAGUGAAGACACCUGUGCCCCUUCCUGCUGAGCUGCAGUUUAUGGUCAAAGAGCUAGAGAGGACUGUCUCUGCACCAGGUGUGUAUCACAGGCUGACUGACAUAUGCAGUUUCAUUUAAUGAACAAUGUCUAUACUGUUGCCCAUAUGAGUUCCUUCAAGGCUGUGCAGCGGUGGUAACAAAUAUGGUAAUUAUGUAAGUAUGUGAUGAUAAAGUAAAGAGUUUAUUGGCCUUAAUGGAACCAUACAUUUGUCUUUUCCGGAGCCCUCCCAUCCUCUGAGACCUCCUCUGCUCCUCACACACCUGAGCCACUGCCCACUGGUCCUUCUGUUGUGCCCCGACCGACACUCAGACCAACCCCCCAUACUACACCUGAGCAACCACACACCGAGCCCCCUGCCUUUGCUCCCCCACUGGCAGCAGAUCAGGACAUAAACAGUUGGAGCUGCUCCCAUCACCAGAAGAUUUGGAUGAGGACAGAACUCCAGUCUCUGGGACUGUGGCCUGGGUUUCAGCAUAUGCUCAAGCCAGGGCACGCGCUUUCGCUAUGGCGUCUCCCCCCACAGCCUGAACUCAUUGACUUGGUGUCAACUCUCCCAUCCCGCAACUUCUUCCAGCUCCAUCCAUUUUUCAUCUGGAAACCUGAGAAAUAAUUAUGUACUCCCUUGCCUUCAUGGUUGUCCAAAGCCAGACGUCGUCUCAGCCAGUCAGGGAAGGCCUCGAGUGAUUGUCGGCAACAGAGGACAGUACUACAUCCUUGCCUCGCGCCUUCGCUGCAAGAUGUGUAAGCGGAUGUGGUUUGCCGACAGUCCUCGGUGGCUGGAGAAACUGCCAAAGCGCUUCACAAACAUUGUGCCAGCAUUCCUGACUUACAAGAAGGCCAUUUGUAAGUCUGUGCUUCAUGAGCUGAGGCGCACUGGCAAGUCGCCCUCUGACGUGGCUAACCAGGUGAACGAACUGCUGCAUCUUAAGUAUGAACAAGCUCACCUUGCAUAUCUCGGCAGCAUUGUGAACAUCUGGGACGCUGAGGCUGGGGUUUAUGGGCAGAGAACACUCGGUCACCUGGUGAGGAAGGAAGACCCACCACUAGACUUUGGAACCUAUGAGGACGCAGGGGGAUGGAGUGGAGUCUCUGUCUCUGCCUACUACUUAGCUGACUGCCUCAUUGAUGAGUAUCGGCACCAACAGCCAGCAAUCACAAAGCUCCUGCAGGGCACUUUCGGACAGGUCGUGCGCUCUGACCACACCAGGAAAGUGGCACGAAAAGUGACCCUGUCAUCAGACACCAUGUCCAGUUAUGCCAUCAUGAACGAGAACUGGAUGAUCGCCUCCUGGGUCAUGGUGCAAUCAGAAACAGAGAAAUCGCUUACGCCUAUGUACCAGGGGUUAGCGGAGAGGUACGAUGAUGCUGGGGUGGAAAAGGCCAAGUACCACUGGGUAGACAGGGACUGCUGUGCGCCAUUCAGAAUCCCUGACCUUAAACACGGAGAGUGCCUUAACUGGGAUGCCUGGAAGACGACAGAGUCCAUCGUUGCCGAGGCCACAGUUGGUGCUCUGGAGAACACUUGUGCGUCUCGUACAGACUACAACCGCAACAUUGUGGUCAUGUUGGACCUGCUCCACUGUAUGAGGCGCUUUACUCUGGAGUGCACUUCAGAGCAUCAUUCCCUCUACAGCACCUUCUGCCAACUCCUCUCCUCUGCCUUCUCUGUCGUGGAUCAGGAGGACCUACAGAAACUGACAGGUGCUUACCAGUUCUGUGGAAUUCAACCGCCAAAUCCCACAAAACAGCAUAUCAGAGAACACUGUAGAACCCUGAUCCCAGCGCCAGCAGAACUAGUCAACAGAGUGGAGAAAGUUCUUCGACAUUUCCACUAG